CAAAAAUGAAAACUGAUUAGUGGGACCCACCCGCUCAUAAGCUGAAAGUGAAAGGUCAAACAAGAAGCGCGUGGAGUUUGACUUGUUUUCUACUUACGUAUCAACGCGACCAUUUUUCAAACAGGUGGUCGGCAUCAGAAUUUCUGUACGGAUGAGCAAAGCAGCUCUGUAAUCUCGAAAAAACAAAUGGCGACUUGCGCAGUAAACGGAGGCUGCCCCAGCGAUUACGCGGCGGUCUCCAUCUCCCUCCUCUCUAUUUUCCUGCUUAUCGGAAAGGCUGUUGCGCCUCAUCUAAUCCACAAAAUCGCACUACCUAAAGGCAGUAGUUUUUGGCUCGUCACAAUACAAAUUAUUGCGAGCUUCAACCUUAUAGUUUCAAUUGUGAUGUCCCUCGGUUUUUUGAGGUUUAAAAGGGGCCAUUGGUGGAGUUCGUGCUAUAUAUGGGCUGUUUGGGUUGAAGGUCCACUAGGAUUUGGCUUGCUGUUGAGCUCCCGUAUUGUACAAGCGUUUCAACUGUAUUACAUAUUUGUUAGGAGGCGUUUGCCACCCAUUAGAUCGUUUAUAUUUCUUCCACUGGUUCUCUUGCCCUGGAUUAUUGGUGCAGCAUUUCUUCACACGAAAAAGCCUCUAAACAACCGUUGCCACAUGCGAACUCAGUGGAUAAUCCCAGUUAUUUGCCUUCACGCGUUAUACGUAGCUGCUAUGGUUGGUUUCACAGCCGCAAUUCGACAUAUAGAAUUCAGAUUCCACGAACUGAAGGACCUCUGGCGCGGGAUUUUAGUCUCCACUUGUUCCAUUGGGAUUUGGGUGAUCGCGUACAUUCUGAACGAGACUCACGAAGAUAUUCCAUUGGUUCAAAUCGUUACGAGAUUUUUAAUACUAGUUAUGACAAGUGUCCUCGUGCUGGUGUUCUUCUCUAUCUCAAUUUCGCAACCUCUUCUCUCACUAAUGAGCUUGAGGAAAGACGAACACCAAGAGUACAGUAUGAUGAUGGGCCGGGCCUUGGGUAUACCUGAUAGCGGGCUUUUAGUACGAACGGAAUCACUGCAGUCGGUAGAUUCCAACGAGCCCUUUGAUAAGCUCCUUUCGAACAGAAGAUUUCGUCAAUCGUUCAUGGAAUUUGCUGAUAGCUGUUUGGCUGGGGAGAGUGUCCACUUCUACGAGGAGGUGCAACAGCUUGACCGAAUUCCAGAUAGUGAUCAUGUGAGAAGAAUUUACAUGGCACGUCACAUUAUUGACAGAUAUAUAGCUCCAGGUGCAACAAUGGAGGUGAACAUUUCUCAUCGAUGUCGGCAAGAAAUUCUAUCGACUCUUGAUUUAGCACACGCCAAUCUCUUCAAAAAUGCACUAAUCGAGUUAAUACAUUUGAUGAAAAUGAAUUUGGCAAAUGAUUACUGGUCAUCGACGUUUUACAUGAAGCUGAAAGACGAAGCUGCAAUGAAAACAGUUGACCACGAGCUAGAAACGGGCGGUUGGAAUUUCUCGCAGAGGCUGAGUUCUGUUCAUUGCACCGAUGACCCUUUUCAUCAAGAACAUAGCCCUAGAAAGCUCGGCUCCAGUACUAAUCGUGAUACCGAGUUGCAAUUACGAGAAAAAUUCCCUUAAUUUUGAGCAACUUCUUGUUGCAAAUUAAAUGUUUAUAUAUUUUUUUUUAUUAUUAUUAUUUUGCUUAAAUAGUUGACAAAUUUUGUAUCAUAGGAAAAGUUGGAAGUUUUGUAGGUUGCGGAAUGUUGUUGUAAACACUAUGUAAAUCAAUUUAGCAGGAAGUGAAACAUGAAGAAA